CAGAAAAGAGGGUUGUAUGCCAAUCACAAUGUGUCCUCUUCCACAGCACAUCUACGCCUUCCUAUUCUCUAAUACACGGAAGUGCCAACCAUAGCAUGGCCGCUGUUAGGCCACUUUGUCCAAAGGUUUCCCAGCACGGUGAGGACGUGGAGGCUGCGCUGUGUGACAUCAGGGGACGUGUAUACGAGGGGACGGGAGUGCAAGAGGAGCUGCUGGCUGCAGUCACAGCGAGUGCACGGUGAAGUAGCAUAUUCUGCCAAGAUCCUCCGAACUCCCAGGAUUCCGCUCGACGACUGAGCAACUUGACUGGAGCCUUGGUGAGUGGACCAGACUCUGGGAUCGUCGUCGGCCUGUACAGAAGGACCUCUGCACUGAACAGAAAUGCCCAGUCCAAGAACUGCAAGAGCAGCCAACACCACCGCCUCUAUUUCUAAUGAAAGGUUUGAGUUCAUGUCUCUACUAACUAAUAGGACAAGUACUUCAGAAAUGCCUACAAUUAGACCUCGAAUUUCAGACAGUCCGGUUCACGUGAAAGACUCAAGUUCCUCUCAGCAGCAGCAGCUUCCAGAGGAGGAUUGCAUGAAGCUAAACCCAUCAUUUCUUGGCAUUGCACUAAGAUCAUUGUUGGCAAUUGACCUCUGGCUCUCUAAGAAAAUAGGUGUAUGUGCCAGGGAUGGAUCUUCAUGGGGCAGUGCACGUCCUUUGCUGAAGCUAGUGGAGAUAUCUGGCCAUGGAAUACCUUGGAUUUGUUGCACAAUCUAUUGCCUGUACAAAAGUGAUAGUUCAGCAGGCAGAGAGGUGAUACUUAACCUGCUUUUUGCGCUACUACUGGAUAUCAUUCUUGUAGGAGCUGUGAAAGGAUUAGUGAAGCGUCGACGACCAACACAAAACCGCAUGGAUAUGUUUGCCACCUUCUCUGUUGACAAGUAUUCCUUUCCUUCGGGCCAUGCUACAAGAGCAGCAAUGGUAUCUCGCUUUAUGCUCAACCACCUAGUACUGGCUGUGCCAGUGAGGAUCCUUGUAAUGCUGUGGGCUAUUGUGAUUAGUUUGUCUAGAGUCAUGCUAGGUAGACACAAUGUGACUGAUGUGUUAUUUGGUUUCUUCAUGGGGUACAUGCAGUAUAGUUUGGUUGAGUACUUUUGGCUGUCACCAAACACCUUACCCGUUCUAUUUAAGAUUUGAUAUCUCUUCCAGGCAUGUGGCAGUUUUCAGUAGUAGUCUAACAAAAGCCUGGUUCUCAUUCCAGUGGAUACAAAUAAGUUGCUCACCACAUCUCGAAGUUUUUGGCUCUCUAGUUAUGAGGAGUCAGAUGCAAGCAUCACUUCAGCUACAAGAAUAAAAGAUACAAGCAAAUGUAAGAAUGGAUUUCUAGACUGCGCUGUUUGCAAGGGCCAUUGGACUCGGAAUCCAGCUUUAUGCACUGUUGAUCUUUAAGCCAUGGACAUCACAUUUUUGCUGAUAAUUUAAGUGGUGAAAAGGGAAAUUCUCAUUUUAAUAUUAUAUUCCGCACUAUUUUGGGGAAAGUUAUUUUGUAAUAUGUAUAAAGGAACAUAUUUGAUUUUUGUGGUUUGUUUUGAUCAUUAGGGCCAGGAGUCUUGAUUGACAUAUGUUGGUCUCUUAUCAUGCUGUUUAUCCAUCUUGGAAGAUUAUGGG